ACAGAAGCAGUCCACAGAUCAAUAACUCCUCACUAUGUCCUCCCUGGAAGAUGAGGCUGUGGAGCAGAACACGGUGGAGGGACCCACCUCUUCACCAUCCUCUGACACUGAUCCCAGCACUGGAGCAAUCAUAACCAUCACCAUUGGAGCAACCGUGCCCACUGGAUUUGAGCACACUGCUGCAGAGGAGGUCAAAGAGAAGAUUGGGAGUGAUGCUCGAAUCAGCAAAGAUAGAGGCCGUAUAUAUUUUCCCAUCACUACUGACAAGCUCUUCCAAGUUCAUCUUUUGUGUUCUGUGGACAAUCUGUUUGUUGUGGUUGCAGAAUUUGAUUGUUAUCAGUUUAAAGAAUCUAAGGAGGAGACCCUGAAGGAGUUGCAGGAGCUUGCAUCUACGCUUCCCUGGACUAAUGCUCUUGAGGUCUGGAGACUUAACAGAACCCUUAAGAAGAAGAAAGGUCACAGAAAAGUGGGAAACACCACUAGAGCAAAAUCUAAAGCAGCGUCCAGUGAUGUGGCUGCUUCUGCUUCUGCUGAAGCAGCGCCGCACAAGUUACCUCAGGAGAUGUCUCUAGCCGACAGUGACACCAAGUCAGUGGUCACCCCAGACUCAGAAACGUGUCAGCAGGACUUGGAGGAGACUGCAAACGAUGCCAAAGUCAUCAAGUUCCGUGUGACAUGCAACAGGGCCGGUGACAAACACAGCUUUUCUUCUAAUGAGGCAGCCAGGGACUUCGGAGGAGCCGUGCAGGAAUUCUUCCAGUGGAAAGCAGACAUGACGAAGUUUGACAUUGAGGUUCUGCUCAACAUACAUAAUGAAGAGGUGGUGAUUGGGAUCGCACUCACAGAGGAGAGUCUUCACAGGAGGAACAUCAGUCACUUUGGACCUACUACCCUGCGUUCUACCCUGUGCUACGGCAUGCUCAGGCUGUGUAAACCUCAGGAGUCUGAUAUAAUACUGGAUCCAAUGUGUGGGACUGGAGCCAUACCACUAGAGGGUGCUAUUGAAUUUGGUGAAUCGUUCUACAUUGCAGGAGAUAACAAUGACAUGGCAGUGAGCCGCACAGUCAACAACAUAUGUCACAUUCAGAAAAGAAGGGCGGAGAAAGGCAGCCCAUCUGGAUUACCCAUUGACACAGUGCAGUGGGAUCUAAGCAAUUUACCCGUGAGGACCAGUUCUGUGGACAUCAUCGUCACUGACAUGCCCUUUGGGAAGAGAAUGGGCUCCAGGAAGAAGAACUGGGACUUGUACCCUUCUUGUCUCAGAGAAAUGGCUCGUGUUUGCAGACCAGGCUCAGGAAAAGCCGUGAUUCUGACUCAGGACAAAAAGUGCUUUACAAAGGCUAUUUCCAGAAUGGGAGGACUGUGGAGGAAGCUGCACACUGUUUGGGUGAACGUUGGGGGUUUACAUGCCGGGGUUUACCUCCUCAAGCGGACCGCCGCCAUGUUUGGUCAAACUCCGGAGGACAUCUAUGAAUCAAGAGGGAGGAGUGACGCACAUAUGAAUGAGACGGAUGACAAAGAAUCCUCUGAACUUCAACCCAAUGUUUAAGUGAUGUAAUAUUAGGAAAUGCUGAGAUAAUCUGCUUACAUGACCUGAUUUUUUUUCUCAUCAAGCUUGCCAAACAGUUUUUUUUAAUUAAUAUUUUAUUGGAAAAGAAGCUUAUAUGUUCAGUAGCAGUGAAACGGUUUCAUUUUAACUUAUUUCUGUUCUCAUGUUCGGAACUAACAGCAGUUGACGUCAUCAGACUCGUCGGAUGUGAUUCUCCAAUUGUACAAGAUCUGCACAUUUAAUUACUCUAAUAAAGAUCCAUUAAUGUUGAUGGGUUAUGGAUACUAAGCUGUCA